UUAGUAUCUGUAAGAAGUAAGAGAACUGGUUAUUUAACAAUUAUUUGUUUACGUUGUUUGUCAGAAUAUUUUUUUGUUCAACUGUGUUACCCACUCCAGUCAGCAGGUGGCGAUGAGAAUCUUUCAGGUGAUGCUUCAUUGGUGACGUAUAAUGUACGGGACGGGAUGUUUGUUUCUACAACAACACUUCAGCCACCUCGGUAGCGUGCUAGCCAACAUAAAACCACAACAUUGAAGCGCUUUAGGCCAUUUUUGUUCAUAUUAACCUCGGUGUUUUAAACACACUUAAUGCGUAUUUACUAGUUACUCUAUUUAAUUUACUAUUUACGUGUUUAGCUAAGUAACACUCGGCUAAUGCUAACUAGCUUACUUGCUAACAUCCUCGACCAUGAGUUCACUAAGCUACUCCCUCCCUGCUAAAGAAGAGGAGGUCUGCUGGACAGAGAAAGAUGUUCUCGUGAAAGAGGAGAAGGAAGAGGAGGCUGUUACAGUUAAACAAGAAGUAGAGGGUGAAGCUGUUACAGUGAAAGAAGAGGAGAAAGACGUGAAAAAGGAAGAAUCUUUAAGAGUGAAAGAGGAGGAUGCAGUUUGUGGAAUGAAGGAGGAGGAGGGGGAGAUUACUGUCCCAUUGGAGGAGACUGGAGAUCUGAUUAACACCAGAGAAAGACCAGACUCGGAGAAACCAGAGACGUCCAAACCAGCAAGACGACACCACUGCUCCCACUGUGGAAUGGUUUUUAACCAGUUAAGGUGUCUGAAACGACAUGAGAGAAUACACACAGGGGAGAAGCCUUUCCAAUGCUCCCAGUGUGGAAAGUGUUUUUCCUUGUUAGCGAGCAUGAAAAGACAUGAGAGGAUACACACAGGAGAGAAGCCUCAUCACUGCUCUCAAUGUGGAAAGAGUUUUUUCUCAUCAGGGUGCCUGAAAAGACAUGAGAUGAUACACACAGGGGAAAAACCUCAUCACUGCUCCCAGUGUGGAAAGAGUUUUAACCGGAAAGAAUACCUGAAAGAGCAUGAGAGAAUACACACAGGAGAGAAGCGAGAUAAACUUUUCCAAUGCUCUAAGUGUGGAAAUAAUUUUUCCUUGUUAGCGAGCCUGAAAAUACAUGAUAGAAUACACACAGGGGAGAAGCCUCAUCAUUGCUCCCAGUGUGGAAAGAGUUUUAAGCUGAAAGGACAAUUGAAACAGCAUGAGAUAAUACACACAGGGGAGAAGCCGUACCCCUGCUCCCAAUGUGAAAAGAGUUUUUCCUGGUUGGGUCACAUGAGAAGACAUAAGAGAGUACACACAGGAGAUAAGGAUGUAGGCUGCUGAACAGUGGGACAAAGGACAGACAGCCGUGAAGAGGGCACGAGAAAGCCUAUUCCCCCUCAGGAGACUGAAAAGAUUUGACAUGAGUCCUCA